AUGGCCGACGAAGCAGCUCGCGCUCACGCCGCUGAAGUGGCGCGCGCUCAAGAAGAAGGAAGAGAUCCACCUCCUCCUCCUCCUAAUCCACAAGACCCUGCUGGAGAUGUGAAUGCACAACCCCAAGCUGGAGCACCUACAAUCGGAGACUAUGACUCUGCCGAUGCUUUCUUCAUGGAUAGAAACCCUAUCCAUCCACCACUUCCUGCAAGGAAUGACUAUGAGAUCAAGCCUCAGAUCAUAGCAUUGGUUAGACAGAACCAAUUCAAUGGCCUUCCAGCUGAGCACCCUCUUGAUCACAUAGAAAACUUUGAAGAAAUUUGCAGCACUACAAGAUCCAAUGGAGUCUCUGCUGACUACCUUAAGUGCAAGCUCUUUUCAUUCUCUCUUGGCGACAAAGCUUCAAGAUGGUUGAAGUCUCUGCCAGCUCACUCCAUUACCACUUGGGAUGAGUACAAGGCUGCAUUCAUCAACCACUUCUACACCAAGCAAAGAUCAAUUUCUGUAAGGAACAAGAUCUCCAACUUUCGCCAAGCCAACAAUGAAUCUUUCUAUGAGGCGCUAGACCGAUUCAAGGAGUACAUUAGGGACUGCCCUAAUCAUGGUUUCAAUGAGGGAAACCUAUGGAACAUCUUCUAUCGUGGCAUAGACCACAAGUACAAUGGAAACUUUCAUUGA